AUGCCCGCACAGGAGGAUUUUUUGGUGGAACAGUUUAUGGACAAGUACGAGGAAGAUGUGGUCUAUAAUGUUGGUGAGACUUGCUGUUACUCUCUGAGCUUGAAUGAACUGGAAGAAUUAUCCGGGGAGAAAUUCGAGUUUGACUACGACAAAAGAUUCACUUAUGGAUCUAUUCGAGGCACUAAACAGUUAAGAUCGUUGAUAGCGGAAAUUCACAGCAACGAUGAAGUUCAUCUCACAGAAAAAAAUGUGCUGAUCACCAAUGGUGCAAUUGGUGCCAAUUUCUUGAUCCAUUAUGCGGUAGCGGGACCCGGCGACCACGUCAUUUGCGUGGCUCCAACGUACCAGCAACUGAAUAGUGUCCCGCAAAUGUUUGGUGCGGAAGUCGAAUUGCUACAAUUGAAAGCCACUGAUGAUUACCUCCCCAACUUUUUGGAGCUCAAAAGUAUGUUGAAAGACAACACCAAACUUAUUGUCCUCAACAAUCCCAACAACCCACUUGGCAGUGUUAUCCCAACGGAAUUAUUGGCCCAGAUUGUUGCGCUAGCGGACGAGGCCGGAAUCAGAGUGUUGAAUGAUGAAGUUUAUAGCCCUUUAUUUUACUCUUGCGAACAGCCCAAGUCGCUUUGCCAAUUGAGUACUACUGGAAUCACAACAGGCUCUAUGUCAAAGGCCUAUGCAGCCGCAGGUCUUAGACUCGGGUGGAUAGUAACUCAGGAUUUGGAUUUCUUAGAAACAGCCUCUUCUCGUAGAGACUAUAAUACCAUAUCGGUGUCCAUGGUGGACGAUGCGAUUGCUAGCUACAUUUUGAGAAAUCGCCAAGCUGUGCUUGAUCGCAACUCGACCCUAUGCAGAGAGAAUUUGGCUAUUCUCAAGGAGUUUGUCGAGAAUUCAGAUGGAAAGUUCACAUUUCUCAACGAACCAAAGGGCGGCUCAGUUUGUCUGCUCCGGCUCAACGGUAUAAAGGACACUGAAAAAUUUGCAGCUACGCUCGCUACGCAAUUCAAAGUGUUAGCUGCCCCAGGGGAGUGCUUUGGUAUACCGGGUACUAUCCGGAUCGGGGUUGGAAACUCUAAAGCUGAAAUGGUAGCAGCAUUGCCGUUGAUUGGCGAAGCCUACGACCAGUUCUUCAAGUGA